ACUUCUUUUGGCUGCCGUGAGUUCACUGUAUUGUAAAGGCUACUGUGAAUCCGAGAGGAGGAGGGGGGGGUUCAUUUGCCAAAAAAUCUCCCGCUUGGGUACACAUCCGGAGUCUCGACGAUCAUAAUUUAACGCACCUUUUUUACCUUUUAAGAGACCGAGUUUUAUUGUUUUUAUUAAUUUAUUCUAUUCCUCGUAGUUUAUGGUUUACACUCCGGGAGGGCAGAAAUGGCGGCCAACAUGUACCGGGUCGGAGAUUAUGUAUUCUUUGAGAACUCCUCCAGUAACCCGUACCUGAUCCGGCGGAUAGAAGAACUCAACAAGACGGCCAGUGGGAAUGUGGAGGCCAAGGUGGUGUGUUUCUACAGAAGGAGAGAUAUUUCCCACAGCCUCAUCCAGCUCGCAGACAAACAUGCAAAGGAGUUGGAAGAAGAGAAGGAGAGCCCGACAGAGACAGAGCUAACAGAAAAACAGAAACACCAGCUUCGCCACAGAGAGCUCUUCCUCUCCCGGCAGUAUGAGAGUCUACCUGCGACACACAUCAGGGGGAAGUGCAGCGUCGCGUUAUUGAAUGAGACUGAAGCCGUUCUUUCAUACCUUGACAAAGAGGAUACGUUCUUCUACUCGCUGGUUUACGACCCAACACAGAAGACGCUGCUGGCCGAUAAAGGAGAGAUCAGAGUGGGACCGCGCUUUCAGGCAGACGUACCUGAAAUGCUACAAGAGGGUGAGGCAGAUGACAGGGACCAGUCCAAGCUGGAGGAGAGGCUGUGGUAUCCAGAGUGUCCACUCACCAGCAAACAGAUAGACCAAUUCUUAGUGGUGGCACGGGCGGUCGGGACCUUUGCUCGAGCGUUGGACUGCAGCAGUUCUGUUCGACAGCCGAGCUUACACAUGAGCGCAGCUGCAGCCUCACGAGAUAUCACGCUGUUCCAUGCGAUGGACACGCUGCAUCGCCAUAAUUACGACCUGUCGAGUGCGCUGAGUGUACUGGUCCCAGCGGGCGGCCCGGUGCUCUGCAGGGAUGAGAUGGAGGAGUGGAGCGCCUCGGAAGCUGCUAUGUUCGAAGAGGCGCUAGAGAAAUACGGAAAAGACUUCAAUGACAUCCGACAAGACUUUCUGCCGUGGAAGUCUCUGACUAGUAUCAUAGAGUACUACUACAUGUGGAAGACCACAGACAGAUACGUGCAACAGAAGAGACUGAAGGCAGCAGAGGCAGAGAGCAAACUGAAGCAGGUGUAUAUCCCCACAUAUAACAAGCCCAACCCCAACCAGAUCUCAAUGACCAAUGGCAAGAUGGCGACAGUGAACGGAGCGGGCCCUGGGGCCUACCACGCAGCAGGCGGGGGCAGAGCCUGCGAGAGCUGCUAUACCAUGCAGUCGGCCCAGUGGUACUCAUGGGGGCCUCCCAACAUGCAGUGCCGCCUUUGUGUUUCCUGCUGGAUGUACUGGAAGAAGUACGGAGGCCUGAAGAUGCCGAGCAGAGCGGAGGGCCCAGAGGAGAGGACCUCCCCCAGUCCAGCAGCGAAUGAGCCUCGCUCACGGGGCCACGCUCCUCGCCAGUCCAACCACAUGGUGCCGAUGCGAAACAGCGGCAGCCCCAAGUCCUCCAUGAAGACCAAGCAGGCUUUCCUGCUGCAGGCAACCCGCCUCACCAAGCUGGCCCGGCACAUGUGCCGUGACAUCAUCAGGCUGCGCCGUGCCGCGCGCCGGCCCUUUGUCCCCAUUAACUGUGGGGCCAUAAAGGCAGAGUACAUGUUAAGGGUGUCGGAAGGUCAGGGAACUCGCCUACCCAAAACCAGGGCCGCCCAAAGGAGCACUCUGACCAGUGUUCUGCAGUUUCUAGAGUCCCGUCCAGCAGCCCACGCCCCUCGCUCCCACCGCACACCAGGCCUGCAGACGCCUCCCCCUCGACGCCUCCUCUCCUCUCUCCCACACGGGCCCCAUGGCAUGCUGGGAAAGCGCAGCUACCAUCACCACAGUAGGGCUGAGCCGGACAGGCGUUCAGAUAACCCUGGAACAACAGCUGGUCCCCUCCUGCAUAACGGCCGCAGCAGCAGCAGUGGAAACACCAGAGGCGGAGUGAUGAUCCGUAAGAGACGCCCCAACUGGAUCGAUGCCCCUGACGACAGCUUCUUCCUAGUCACCCGGGAGACCAGGAGGGCCAGGCGGAUGCUGUCCCGCUCCCAGCUGAGGCACGCUUGUCGGCAGCCAUGCGAGCAGAUCACCCUGCGCAGGGUCACCCAGGGCCUGCCGCAGGGGCUCGUCCUCGCUCCUCCGCACCCCCACCCCAGCCUGAGGAUGCGAGGCCCCAUUGUAAUCCACGACUGACCCGACACGGACCCUCCGACCCCCCGACUGCAUAAACAAAUUCUCACUUCCCAUUAAAUUCCAUUUUUCUUUAAAGGGAUAGUUCUUAUUUUGUUGAUGUGUGGUUACAUGAGGUACUUCUUACUUACAACCCCAAUAUUAAAAAAUCUGAACUAUCCCUUUAAAAUGCCAUUUUAAUCCUGAACACUUCAACAAGCUGUCUUGGCAACAGAAGGAUGUCAUGAGCUGUGAUGCAAUAGAAACAAACACCUGACCUGACUGCUGCCUGUCUCUAAUCCUGGGAAUGUGUUUGUAUGUGUAAAUACUGUAUUUGGGUGCAUGUAAGUGUGUGAUGGAAAGUGUGUGUGCCUGUGUGUGUGUGUGUGUGUGUGUGUGUGCAGGUGUGUGCCAACAACACAUGAGAGAGCAAGGGGAUGUUGACGUGUUAGUUUUUAUGGAUGGACAUAACGACAGAACUUUGUGUGACUUUUUUGUGUUGAUGGUGAAUCGUUGUGAAGUUUUAUCAGUUUAUACAAAGGUGUUCUGGGAGUGGGCUUGGGUGGGGGCGUAGAAAGGUGAAGUGUCCUCCAGGGGGACCUUAUUGCAGGAAGAACUGGUCAGAAAGUCAACAGUGAGAGAUAAAUUAUAUUUUUUUUAAUUCUGUUUGAAUUGCCAUGAAUUACACAUAUGUUUGUCAGUUUAAAAGAUUAUGUUGCAAGUCAAGAAAGCUGCAGUUUAUCUCAAGUUUUGUUGAUUAUUGCGAAUGCACAAAUAACACAGUCGAUGCUGAGACGAUAUAUUGUGCAGCAAUAGUACUAUAGUAGUUAUAGUUGUGAAACCGCUCAGUGAUUGCUAUCUACAGUCAUGGAAAAAAAUUAUUAGACCACCUUUGGACAAAUAUAA